GGGAGUUGAACAAUUAGUUAACGUGAAUGUAUAAUCUUCUAUUGUCACCUUCCCUAUCUUCAGGGAAGUGAAGUCAGGGCAGGCUAACUUGAAGGUGGCUUAAAUUUUGCGUAACAUGAACCUUUGCAAACAAGAAAGAGAUGCUUCGUAUAUUGUUUCAUGGAGUCAAACGAAGCAUGGGACGAGAGGGAAAGAUACGAUUCCUCUUGUACUUGUGAGGUAGAUAAACAAAGCACAAAAGUAAAGUUAGGGAUAACAAGCCAGGCGUGCCAAACAAAACCCCCUUUCUCAGCUCAGGUAGAUUCAGAUUCCAAAAUGAACGCAAAUAAUUCCCAGCAGACAAUCCAAAAGCCGAAAUAACUGGUGGUCUUUUAUUCUUCAAAUUCUCAAAAUCAAACAUUCCUUGUUUUCUCUGGAUGUUCCAAGCCAUCAGAUCAACCCAUCAUUGAUUUCGUACCAUGUCUUUUAGCAGCUACGUACCUGCAAAGACUUGCUGCAUGGUGCUAAGAAUCAACCUUGAUUGUAAUGCUUGUUGCAAAAAAGCUAGGAGGAUCAUUCUCAACAUGAAAGAGGUAGAGACACACAUGAUCGAAAAGCAGCAAUGCAGGAUUAGUGUGUGUGGAAUAUUUCGACCAUCUGAUGUGGCCAUAAAGCUAAGGAAAAAGAUGAACCGUAGAGUUGAAAUAUUGGAAAUUCAGGAAUUCGGCGGCGGCAAUGAGCAGGAAGAACCGUCGUCAAACGUGGAUUGCUAACAUAUGCUCCUACUCCUUGUGAUGUUGCCAUACAAAAUUCCCCGUGCCAUCAUAAUACGCAUGACCAAACCACACGUCUUGACACUUGGCAUCUGGAGUGUUAUCAUUAAAGCAUAACCAGCGUAGAUACUGCUGAAAUAGAAAGGAAACUCAAAAUUCAAGCAUGGGUAGAUUGAAGGAAAAAGGAGUAUGUUUGUGUAGAGAUGUAAAAAUGUAAUUCACACAAUUUUUAGUAUGUACUUAGAAAAAGCAUGGGUAGCGGAAACUGCAAAACACUUCAUUUGUAUUUAUUUAGUAAAAAACAGAAAUUAAUCGCCUUCUAGUU